GAUCUAUAUUAUAUUUUCUCUAUGCCCCUUGAUAACAGACGCUGGCAAUAUCAUUCAAUUUAUCUGAACUUAUCAGAGAGUUUACGUAUUUCUUCAAUUGUGUCGAACGUUUAUCUCACUGAUUAUAUUUUCCAGAUAUCUUCAUCGACAUAAUGAACGUCAUUAUCGUUUUCAAAUAUUUUUAUUUCAAUAUAUUAAACGAUUACAUUUUAUAGCAGUUGUCUCAUAUAACUAUCUUGUCAUUUUAAAUAUAUUUAUAUAUAAUUAAUUUUCUCUUUUUUCUUCUUUUAUUUUAUUUUAUUAAUCCUUUAUUUUCUUUUUUUUUUUUUUUUUUCUUUUUCUUUUUUCUCUAUAAUUUCAUUCUACGAUCAUAUUCCUUUAAUAUACAUUGAUGUGUUCUUUUUAAACUAACGUAACCUUUUUAAAAUGAAGAGGAAUAAAUCAGAAAGUAAGCACACAGGACAGUAUCUCUAUAAAGAGAUGGGAAUAAAGGAUCCAGAAACACGUUUGAAAGAACUCUCUGAGAAAGCUUCUAAAGUGACAAUAAAUCAUAACAUUCCGCCUCAUAGAUAUUAUCGUUCUGGAAUACAAAUGAUCAGACAAGCUGAUGUAUAUGUCAAGGAGAAAAACUACGAAGAAGCAUAUUGUUUAUUUCUGAAGUUUAUAACACUUUUUGUAGAAAAAAUGCAGCAUCAUCAAAUGUAUCAUGUGGUAACGGCAAAAGAUAAAGCAAUAAAUAAGCAAAAAUUGCGAGAAGUUAUUCCAAAAGCAGAGGAAUUAAAGAAACAAUUAUUGAAACAGUAUCAAAAUCAAUUGGAUAAAGAUUUGGAAGAUGCGAAAAAAGCUGAAAAAGCAAAUGCAGAGAGAUUAAAACAGGAAGAAGAACAGAGAUUAAAAGAAGAAGAGGAAAGAAAAAAUAAAUUGGCAGCAUUAGAGGCUGUAAAAGCUGCUAAGAUUGCUGCAAGUACAUUCUUUGUAACAACUGAUGAUACAAAAUCUAUAAAGUUGCCUACACCAACCCUUAAGCCACCAACAAGUUUACCUGUAGCUAGUAGAGCUCAAUCUUUAAAGGAUAACAGUAUACCUACGGUGGAUCGUUCAACAAAGCCUACCAUACUUUUGAAUGAUAGUGGCCAAUUACGUGAUAUUGUUUUGCCUAGCAAACUGAUAGAAAAUUUUCUUGCUCUAGCAUUUAGUAACACGGCAAAUAAUAAAGAAACCUGUGGCAUACUAACAGGAAAAUUGGAACAAAAUAAAUUGUUGAUCACUCAUUUAUUAAUACCGCAACAAACAGGUUCUCCUGAUUCUUGUUUAACACUCAAUGAAGAGGAUAUUUUUGAUUUUCAAGAUCAUCAUAAUUUAAUUACUCUUGGAUGGAUACAUACGCAUCCUACUCAAACCGCUUUUCUAUCUAGUGUGGAUCUACAUACUCAUUGUUCUUAUCAACUCAUGAUGGCAGAGGCAAUUGCUAUUGUUUGUGCACCCAAAUAUGAUGAGACAGCUUUUUUUAUUUUGACUCCAGAAUAUGGUUUAGAUUAUAUAGCUAAUUGUAGAGAGACUGGUUUUCAUCCUCAUCCAACAGAGCCUCCGCUUUAUAUGAAAGCAAAACAUUGUAAGCUAAAUCCAAAUGCACCUGUGGAAGUAAUAGAUUUAAGAAGAAAAUGACAUCUUUGAAUUGUUCAAAAUCAAAUUUAACGUAUACAAAUACGUUUCGAUAAAUUACUGCAAGAUUACAAAUUGUACCAUCUUAAAAGAUCAUGUGUAUCAAAGUGAUUGAUAUACAGACAGCUUUCAAUGUGAUGAUGUAUUGAACACUGACUUCUUAACUAUCUCUGAAAUAUUAUUGCUCUACUUUGAGCAUUAAACAUAAAAAAUUAAUUAAUAUUUUUCAUGAUAAACGAUAAAAUGAAUAUUAUCAAAUUAUAGUCAGUCCAAAAAGUGCAUUUAUAAUAUAGAAUAUCAACAAUAAUAUCGAAAUUAAACGAGUAAUCUUCAAAUAACUUUGCUGUAGUGAAAAAUGAACUUAAAUUUUUUAUAAACAUUGUUCUCUCCAUAUAAAGCUUUAUCUAUAUAUACACAUAAGUUUACUGUGCCUUUGGGAGAAAAAAAAAAUAAUGGUGUUCAUAGCGCUUUAUAUUAAUUUCUAUAUCUAUAACCAAAUAUCAUCUUAUAAGUAGUAUCAAUAAUUAUUUUUUAACUCAUUAAAAAAUACUUAUAUCGCAAUUAGCAAAACACUACUACUUAUGAUUUAAAA